AUGGGUGGUGAAACCGGGCCCGUCGAAUUGUCUCGGGCCAUGGCCAUGGUGAUGGCUGGCCUGUUGACCCUCACUUGUUGGAAUGUCCUAGAAAUCUCCUUCUACAUCCUUCACACCUUUCGCCGCUAUCGAGGUCUCUACUUUUGGAGCAUGGUCAUUGCCACGCUCGGCAUCCUCUUACACGCAAUCACAUCUUUUUUACGUUAUUUCGCCCUCGCUCCCAGCUUCCCCAUGGCUUUUCUCAUCUGUCUGGGUUGGUAUGCCAUGGUCACGGGCCAAUCGGUGGUCCUCUAUUCUCGACUCCAUCUUAUCACCACGCACGAAAGCUACCAGCGCUGGGUUCUCGUCAUGAUUGUGGUCAAUGUCUGCAUUCUUCACAUUCCGACCACCAUCCUCUUCAUGGGCGCCAAUCACGGAGUCACUGACUUUGUUUACCCGUUCAAAAUUUACGAACGCAUCCAACUCGUUGGGUUUGCCCUCCAAGAAACCAUCAUCAGUGCCUUGUACGUGUGGGAAACCACCACCUCUUUACGACCCGUUCUCUCCCUCAAGGGCCGCCGGGGCACAAGAGUCAUCGCCAAUGUCGUCCUGGUCAACGUGAUUGCGGUGCUGUUGGAUGCCUCGCUCGUGAUUAUCGAAUUCACCCAUCACUUUGAUGUCCAGACCACUCUCAAGCCCGUGGUCUACAGUAUCAAGCUGUUGCUGGAGUUUACCGUCUUGAACAGUCUUCUUGCCGCCAUCCAUACUCCUCCGGGUUCUUUCCACGAUAGCUCUCAGCGUCGACAGGAAGAUAUCUCUGUCCAAGGCCUCAACAGCGUCCACACCUUUGGACUACAAUCCGAUCCCUUCCAUUAUGACCCGGAACGCUUGGCACCCAAUGAUCGACAAGCCUCAUCGAGGGAAUCAGUCGCCAAGCCACCGGAAGUGUGGAAUCCAGACUCACAUCACGCAUGA